CCCGCCCCGCCCCUCCCGGUCAGGUGGACCCCGCGGGGCAAAGUCUGCGGGUCGGGGUCGGCGCGACGGGCCCGCAGCGGGAUGGGCGCGCUGGGCCGGGCGCUGCUGUGGCUGCAGCUGUGCGCGAUGACCCGCGCGGCCUACAAACUCUGGGUCCCCAACACCAACUUCGAAGUGACCACCAACUGGAGCCAGAACCGGACGCCGUGCGCAGGCGCUGCCGUCGUGUUCCCGGCAGACAAGAUGGUGUCAGUCCUGGUGCGAGAAGGUCACAGCAUCUCCGACAUGCUCCUGCCGCGGGACGGGGAGUUCGUCCUGGACUCGGGAGCCGGCUUCGGCGCCGCGGACGCUGGCAGGGACCCGGACUGCGGCGCAGCCGCCCCCGCGCUCUUCCUCGACCCCGACCGCUUCUCGUGGCACGACCCGCGCCUGUGGCGCUCCGGGGGCGCGGCGCGCGGCCUCUUCUCCGUGGACGCCGAGCGCGUGCCCUGCCGCCACGACGACGUCGUCUUCCCGCCCGACGCCUCCUUCCGGGUGGGCCUCGGCCCCGGCGUCGGGCCCGUGCGCGUCCGCAGCGUCUGGGCUCUGGGCCAGACGUUCACGCGCGACGAGGACCUGGCUGCGUUCCUGGCGUCCCCCGCCGGCCGCCUGCGCUUCCACGGGCCGGGCGCUCUGAGCGUGGGUGCCGAGGCCUGCGCCGACCCGUCGGGCUGCGUCUGUGGCAACGCCGAGGUACAGCCGUGGAUCUGCGCCGCCCUGCUCCGGCCCCUGGGCGGUCGCUGUCCCCCGGCCGCCUGCCGUGACGCCCUCCGGCCCGAGGGGCAGUGCUGCGACCUUUGCGGAGCCAUCGUGUCGCUGGCCCACGGCCCCAACUUUGACAUUGAGCGGUACCGGACGCGGCUGCUGCGAGGCUUCCUGGUAAUGGGGCCGCGCUCCAUCCGCCCCCCCUCCCAGCCUCUACCGCAUGACCCGCCCAGGGCCACAUUUUGCCUCAUUGACGCGGUUACUCUCCGCGCACCUGCCCACGCCGUGUCCCUGCUGCCGACGCCCCCGCGGGUCCGAGGGCGAAGUCCCUGGGAUAAUCCUGUCUCCACCCCCUCCCCCCAGCCCCAGUACCAGGGGCUGCAAAUGGCCGUGUCCAAGGUGCCGCGCCAGAACGCAGGCGCCGAGGCAGACACGGAGAUUCAGGUGGUGCUGGCAGAGACCGGGCCAGACGGGACGGGCGGCGCGGGGCGGCUGGCACGUGCCCUCCUGGCGGACGUCACCGAGCACGGCGAAGGCCUGGGGGUCCUGUCCGCGGCAGUCCGGGAGUCGGGCGCGCCGGUCGGGGACGGCUCCGCAGCGGGACUGGAAGGUUCGGGAAUGCGCGCGGGGCUGGCAGGCGGCGUGGCGGCGGGGCUGCUCCUGCUGCUGCUGCUGGCGGGGGCGCUGUUGCUGCGUGGCGCUCGGAGCUUCAGGUGGAGUAGGCGCGACGAUGCGGCCCCAGCGCCCUUCGUGGCGCCCUUGGGCUUCUCCAACCCGGUGUUCGACGUGGCGGGCUCAGUGGAGCCGCCUUCCGCCCCACAGGUGGAAAACAGCAGCGUCAGCCGCAGCUACUUCGUUAACCCUCUUUUUGCCGAGGCGGAGGCCUGAGCCCCCGCGUGACUGGGCAGCCCCCCUUCUGCCCUCCGCCGCCCCAUUUCGAGAAAUGUACGGGUCCCUGACAUUAAAAGAUCUCCCUUCCCUUUUCCACACUCCUUGUCCCCAGCCCCUGCAGACCAAGGACAGGGUGGCUUUGCCCAAUAAAGGGGUUUCUUGUACCUGC